AUGGAAACCAAGAAGAGGAAAGACGGAACCCUAACGGAGGAUGAUCCAGUGAUGUCUUGGCCCCCGCGUCGUCGCCGCCGGCGCCGUCGCCGUCUACGUACGCCCUCGCGCAAGGACCCUCCAGCUCCAAGUACGCUGCCGGCGCCACCAGCGACGAGAGACUGGGCAGCUCUGCCCGACGACGCCCUGCUGGCUAUCUUCAGCCGGCUCCGGCACGUCGACAUCCUCCUCGGCGUGGAGCUCACCUGCGCGUCGUGGCGGCGGAUCGCGGUCGGCAAGCCGGCGCUGUGGCGACACAUCGACAUCAACGACGACGGCGGGGCCAAGACGAGGAGGGCCGACGUGGAGAACCUCCCGCGAGGCGUGUGGAUGGCGAUGGCCCGCGCCGCCGUGGGCCGCGGCGGCGGCCAGUGCGAGUCCUACCGCGGCCCCGCUGGCCCGGACUUCCUGGCGCACCUCGCUGCAAGCUCGCCAUUGCUGAGGAGUCUCCACUUGACGUCCUUCUUCCACCUGCCCGGCAAGGAAUACACGGACAGGAUGAUGGUGAUCCCCAGCUUCCCGAUGCUGGAGCGGGUCGUGCUGUCGCAUGACGCUCGCAGGCUCUACAUGUACGAACCGACGACGAUGGCCUCCGAGCUGCGCGUGAGGCUUGCGAAGAUGGUCGAUGACCUCAAGUUGCCACAGAAAUCGAUGAUCAGAUCGUAG